UAAGUUGAACAAGCUGCCCGAAGGUUAUUGUCUUCCUUCAGCUUUACUUACUCUCACCUCAGUACUACUAAUGACAACGCUGAACUUAUAUGAAAACGCUUGGAGAUAACACGGAAUUUACGUUUUAUUCGACAAAAAUAAGGACAUGCCAUCAGACUUUGUAACGUAACUACAAAGUAAACCCCGUGUGGACAACAAACAGAGUCGCUAGUCAGACAGCUAACAGGGGUUAGCGCCACAGAUCAACACACUCUCACUUUCUCUUCAUCUGUAGCCGGCCUUUACAUCCUGUCACCGAGAUCAGUCCGUGGUUUCUCCAGAAGAGGAUGAACUGGCUCUUCCCCCUGUCCAAAGGCUCCGGACCUCUCCCUCUGAACAGCCUACAGCAACAGAGACAGCGGCAGAUCGAGUCUCUCAAAGCCGCUCACCCCAGCCUCGCAGAGAUCCAGAAGGAUGUGGAGUACAGAAUACCAUUCACUGUCAACAACUCGACCAUUAGUGUCAAUGUACUGCUGCCUCCUCAGUUCCCCCAGGAGAAGCCGGUGGUUAGUGUCUACCCCCCUGUUGGUCAUCAUUUAGUCGAUGGUAACAAUGGCACCAUGAUAACCAGCCCCCUCAUAGCUAAUUUUGGGAUGCACUCAGAUCUGGGUAAGGUCAUUCAGAGUCUGCUGGACGAGUUCUGGAAGAGUCCUCCUGCCUUGAUGUCCAGCGGCACUGCUGGCUUUCCAUACAGUAUGUACAAGCAGUCAAGCAUGGCGCCUUACCCCACUCAGGCUUACCAAUAUGGGCCCCGCCACGUUGGCCCCAGCCACACUCCGCCUCCCGGCCCAGCUCCAGCUCUUAUGCCUCAUCCAGGAGUCGAUAGUGCCCAUGGGCCGCCUCGAGCUCCAGCCCCAUACGGACUGAUAUCUGACCUGCCAUUGCCUGUUCCUACUGGAGACUCAGAGGCUGGACUGAACGGACACAUGUACAGGAUGCCUGAGAUUCCUGAGUCUUUUCCUGAACUCUGUGACUUGAAUGGGACACAGUUGUCGGACAUGUCUGAAAACGAGGACAUGUUACUGGAGUUCUUUGUGACUUUGCCACAACUGAAACAGGUGACCAGUGAUAAAGAAGAGCUGGUCACCAAUAUUGUGGACAUGGCUAAGAAAAAUCUUCAGAUGGAGCCACAGCUGGACGGAAGAAGACAAGAAAUGCUCUACAAGUACGAAAUGCUGACUCAGAUGAAGUCUGCCUUUGAAUCAAGGAUGCAGAGACAGCAUGAACUCAGUGAGAGUUGCAGUCUAAGUACUCUACAGGCUCGGCUAAAAAUUGCAGCCCACCAAGCUGAGGAGGAGUCGGAGGAGACAGCUGAAAACUUCCUGGAGGGACGUACGGACAUAGACGAAUUCCUCACCAGCUUUAUGGAUAAGAGAACGCUCUGCCACAGCAGAAGGGCCAAAGAGGAAAAGCUGCAACAUUCGCUUAACACACAUGGACAGUUUCCUACCAGCCACUAGAACACAAGGUUGAAGAUUUCUCAGCUAACUGCUGCCAACUUGAGGGAUAAAGACAUUUUAGGGGGAAAAGCACACUAAGUCAACAAUGGGCAAUUGAGAAAUAGGAAUACGGUGAUGGCAGGAGUGGGCUAAAAAACAAGAAAUUGACUGUGCCCAGACUUGGGCUUAAAAUACUGUUGAAGUUGGAUUGUGUGAAAACAAGAUGGAGACGCUAUUGAGUCACCACCAGAAGACAAAACUGGGAGUGACACUUGCCUCACUUUUCCAACCACAUUACUAAGGAUUGAUCACAAUGUGGAUCAUUUCUAUUGCACAUGCUGUUCGUCAAGUUUUGACUUGACCGUUAUGACGAAGAGUUUAUUUUUCUGAUUUUCUAUCACCUGCAACUGAUUAGAGUGGUUGGUGAUGUGAACACGGGAAUUCCAAUCUGGCAUUGUUUUUUUUUCUUGCAGUGAGCAAGUAAAAGUCACUAUAAAAUUAUUGUUAAAAUUCUAAUGUUGGUGUCUGUACUUCCUCGCUCUCUGAGAUCAUUGUCAAGUCCUUGCUUUGAUAUCACAGAAAGGUCCUACUGGACAGAGAGAAGAACAACCUGUGAUCUACUGUUUACAUUGGAUUGGUGGUUUUAGACAUUUAAAUGAAACUCAAAAGUGGCAUUGUCACUUUAACAUCAUCAGUUCCUGGCAUUCCUAAUUUUGUAACUUGACAAAACAAUUUAAGAUUGUUCAACAAAAAAAGAAGCAAGGACUGGGCAGUGUUGUCAGAAGAGCUUAAAAGUUUAAAAUGCGUAUGAAUUUUAGGCUGUUUGAUUCUUUAUCAGGUUGUGGGGUCCCCUCAAGUAAUGAACACAGCCAUGACAUCAGUGUGCUUGCACAAACAUGAACACUUUGAUUAAACUUUCCAAGGCAAUACUCUGAUUUACAUAUUAACAUCAUAACCGUUUUAAGCUGAGGCUGAAAUUCAGAGAACAGUAAACCAUAUAAACGGUUUGAUUACACGUCUACCUUCUGUGCUCUUACAAUGAAUCAAGUUAUUUGUGUUCAUGUAAACAUACUGAUCAUGACGGCACCAUGAUGAUAACCCAACAAUUUUGGCGAUCUUUUGGACAUGACAUUUUUGGGGAAAAGCCUCAGAUUUUGGAAAAUGUUGAGGAAUAUUAGGUUAAAUGCUGCAGUAAAAUACUGACAUUGGAUACUGUAUUUAAAUAAUGUUAAUAAUAGGCUUUAUUGUAAUCAAAGACUUGGACACCUUGUAUUAUAUGUUCUUAUUUAAUUUGUUAGAGUAAUAAAGCAUUUAGAAUAAA